AUGGACACAACGGCCGUGCUAGAUAAAUACACGCAGGACCUCCUGAACUUGCCCCUUGAGGUCAAACAUCUUUUCGAAGAGCUCAAGGCCAAAGACACGCAGCUAGCGGAGGCCAGGCGGCGGUACCAGACCAAGGACUCCCAAUUGCACAAGUUUAUUCGCGCAAACGGCACGCUCACGCGGCACCCGAAAGAGCAGCAGAUAUGCUCCAAGAUUGACGAGGACAUGAAGCUCGUGCAAAAAAUCCAGAAGGAGAAGAUUUUGCUCGCCAACACAGCGUUGUUUCUCGUGUCCAAGCACAUGUGCAACUUCGAGGCGGACAUCCAGAAAUUGGAGCGCGACGAGCUCAUUGCCCCGCUCGACGAAAGCGCACAAAUCGAAGAAAUCGAUGGCGCGCUGGAGACGCCGCGGUCGUCGCCUGCGCCCGUGAAGAAAAAGCGGACGUUGUCCGUGAUGAAGCAGCGCACCAAGCGCCCGAAAAGCGAGGACGCUGAGGACAGCGGCCACGGCGAACAUACACAUUCCGGCCAUUCGCGUGCACACACUGUGAAUGCAGGGAGCCUUGCAAUGAAAACGUCCAACGGCGCGGAGGACGCCGACAACAACUUGUACUGUUUCUGCCAGCGGGUGUCAUUUGGCGAGAUGAUUGGCUGUGACAAUGAUGACUGCCAGUACGAGUGGUUCCACUGGGAGUGUGUGGGCAUCACGAGCCCUCCCAACGACGACGAGAUCUGGUACUGUCCGGAUUGUGCGCCGAAAAUGGAGAAGCGGAAGAAGAGAAAGAAGUGA